CAGCCAUGCUGAAUCACAGGCGCUGAUUAAGCCUCCAGCUCGCCGGACCCCGGCCAGGGGCGGGAGACGGAGCGGCGCUGGGGGACUGGAGGCCAGGUGCAUGCAGAGUUCAAGCUCCGCUCGGGCUGCGUACAAUGGACGACGAAAGCAUCAAGCGGUGCCCUGAGCCACCUGAGGCAGCUGGAGAUAAGGACCAGCGAACUGUGACUAUCAAUCCUUGUCACAUGGGAAAGGCAUUCAAAGUCAUGAAUGAAUUAAGGAGCAAGCGGCUUCUCUGCGAUGUGGUGAUUGUUGCUGAAGAUGUUGAAAUUGAAGCCCAUCGUGUUGUCCUCGCAGCCUGCAGUCCAUAUUUCUGUGCAAUGUUUACAGGCGAUAUGACUGAAAGCAAAGCAAAGAAGAUUGAAAUCAAAGAUGUUGAUGGGCUGACGUUAAGUAAGCUGAUUGAUUACAUCUAUACAGCUGAGAUAGAAGUCACGGAAGAGAAUGUUCAGGUGUUGUUGCCAGCAGCCAGCCUACUACAGUUAAUGGAUGUCCGACAAAACUGCUGUGAUUUUCUUCAGUCUCAACUUCAUCCCACAAAUUGCCUUGGAAUCCGCGCCUUUGCAGAUGUACAUACUUGCACUGAACUGUUGCAACAGGCCAACGCCUAUGCAGAGCAGCACUUUCCAGAGGUGAUGCUUGGUGAAGAAUUUCUCAGCCUUAGCUUGGACCAAGUUUGCAGUUUGAUAUCUAGUGACAAGCUCACAGUUUCGUCAGAAGAAAAGGUGUUUGAAUCUGUCAUUUCUUGGAUAAAUUAUGAGAAAGAGUCCCGCUUGGAACACAUGGCAAAGCUGAUGGAGCAUGUUCGUCUCCCCCUCUUGCCUAGAGAUUACCUUGUACAGACAGUUGAAGAAGAAGCUUUAAUCAAGAAUAAUAAUACGUGUAAAGACUUCCUUAUUGAGGCCAUGAAAUAUCACUUACUUCCUCUGGAUCAAAGGCAACUGAUAAAGAAUCCUAGAACAAAACCAAGGACACCCAUCAGUCUGCCGAAGGUCAUGAUUGUAGUGGGUGGGCAAGCGCCCAAAGCCAUUCGGAGCGUGGAGUGUUAUGACUUUGAAGAGGAAAGAUGGGAUCAGGUAGCUGAGCUUCCUUCUCGGAGAUGUAGAGCAGGAGUUGUAUUCAUGGCAGGUAAAGUCUAUGCUGUGGGAGGUUUUAAUGGCUCUUUACGAGUCCGAACAGUAGAUGUAUAUGAUGGCGUGAAAGAUCAGUGGACGUCAAUAGCCAGCAUGCAAGAAAGACGAAGCACUCUAGGAGCUGCAGUGCUAAAUGAGCUUCUUUAUGCUGUUGGUGGAUUUGAUGGAAGCACAGGGCUGGCAUCUGUGGAGGCCUACAACUAUAAAACAAAUGAGUGGUUCUUUGUGGCACCCAUGAAUACAAGAAGGAGCAGCGUUGGAGUUGGAGUCGUGGAAGGGAAACUGUAUGCUGUUGGGGGUUAUGAUGGAGCAUCACGUCAGUGCCUUAGUACAGUGGAACAGUAUAACCCAGCUACAAAUGAGUGGAACUAUGUGUCAGAUAUGAGUACUCGGCGCAGCGGUGCAGGUGUCGGUGUCCUUAGUGGACAGUUGUAUGCUACAGGAGGACAUGAUGGUCCUCUGGUGAGGAAAAGUGUGGAAGUAUAUGAUCCUGGAACAAAUACUUGGAAACAAGUGGCCGACAUGAAUAUGUGUAGAAGAAAUGCAGGAGUGUGUGCAGUCAAUGGACUUCUCUAUGUGGUGGGAGGAGAUGAUGGUUCUUGCAAUUUGGCAUCAGUAGAAUACUAUAAUCCUGUGACUGAUAAAUGGACAUUAUUACCAACCAACAUGAGCACUGGAAGAAGUUAUGCAGGUGUUGCAGUGAUCCACAAACCAUUGUGACACACGUUCAAGUGAGUGCAGGGGAAAGAAAUGAAAGCCUGACUAGUUGGUGGCUUUUGGAAGAUACUGAUACUUGACUUUUAACCAGCACAUUGAUAUUGCACUUGAUGGCAUUACAAGUAUAUGCUAAGACCUUCAACCUUUGCUCAGUGGUGGGCAGUGCAGCAAUGUGAAAGCCCUGCUGUGAACAUGUUCCUGAAAAUAAGGUGUUGCUUAUUUUUAUUGAUGCAGUCAGCUGUUUUAUGUACAGCCAGGAUCCUGAACUGAGUCUGAACUGAAUUUCCCAGGACUGGGAGAAACAGUAUAUUGGAAUACUUCACUACUGAAGUCUGCAUACACACUUACACAUUUUAGAAAGCAUUUUCUAUUUACUUAUUACACCUGCUAGAGAAAACUACUACUGAGACUGGAAUUUAAAAUACUGAGCAAAAGAACCUGGAAGAAAUAGAUUGGAAGCUCUGGCUUUUACAGUUUAUUGUAUUUGUCCUCCUGUGUACACAUACCAACUGCUGUAAAUGUAUGAGUUAGUGCACUGAAGGUGUACCUUGAGUGACUUUUCAUCCUCGUCACAGAACUGCAUUAGUGAAAUCUAUUUUGUAUUAUAGGGUCAGGUAAGCCCGGCAGUGUCUUUUUCUGGGGUGAAAGCAUACUUCAGCUUCCCAAAGACCAGUAACCCCACUAGGAUACUGUGCUCAGAAGAGUUUCUGACCAUUUCAGAAUAAAUUUUGCUCAAGGCUGAUGGUUCAAAGUCAUAAUCUUAUGUCUCUUGCCUUCUACCAGCAAUUCAGAAAAUCCAAAGUCCAUCUGUUUUUCAAGGACUUUUAGAAACCAUGAAAGAGUAUGUUUUGAAAUGUCAGCCAAGUUUGCCACCAAUUCCAGAAGCACCAGAAUUCUGUGGCAGGUUUGGCAUUCCUACCCGGCUCUGAAAGCUACAUCAAGCACUGAGGCGUCUAAGCCCUGGCAAGUGCUGAGGUCAUCAUUGUGUGCCAAAAUUCAGGGGUCUCUUUGAGCAAAUAGGACUUCAGAAUAUCAAGCUGGAUGGCCAUCAGCCUGUCUGGAAAAUAAUCAUAAAUCCAAAUUAAGUUGAACCAACGGAAUCCAUUGACCCUCACGUACCUCAUGCAUAUUUGGCCAAAUAUCAGCUACCCAAGAUUAUACUGGAAGCUUUUAAGUGUCUUAAUGCUUCCACCAUAUGGAUGUUUUUAGUACAACUUUUUAUAGCAGUGGCCCCUUUAUUUUUUCCCCAAGCUUGCAUUAUUAUAUAUGUGUAAAGAAACUACUUGAGCUUUUAAUCAUUUCUUUUUUAAAAGAAAAAAGAUUUCUUAAAAAAAAGAAAAUCUACAUCCAGUUAAAUCUCUUCAUGCACAUCAAAAAAAUCUUCCAUAGUCUUUUUUAUAUUUAAAACAAUAAACAAACUGGAAAUCAUUGUUCACUGAAAAGUUUUAAUGUUGUUACUUUUGCCAUAUAUAAAGCCAACAAAAAAAGUUCAGUGAAAAAAUGAAGAGGAAAAGUAUUCUAUUCCUUUUGUCUUCCUCCAUUCCCCAUAUGUGCAAGAGAGAUUUUUUAAUUAGAGCACUGAAGUUAUUUCUGAUACAGAUAGCUUUUCUCUUAAAAUCUUUGUCAGAUAUAAACAAUGAGGAAGAAAAUAUAUCUGGUAGCUUUUAAAAAGUGAUGCAAAGAUGCAACUAGAUUAUUUUUAAAGGGCUUAUAUCCAUUAAUUAGAUUUUUUUUAAAGAUUGAUUUAAAAUAGCAGUAAUACGUUUUAUGAUACCUGUUCUACACAAGCACAAAUACCAUAUUUCAAAAUAUACUCUUAAGCAUGGGCCAUAUAGAAAUUACAUGUUCUCUUUAAAUUGCAUUUGAGCCUGAUGCUUGUCUGCUAACUGUAUUUUUCAGAGAAAAAUAUCAGUUCUUACAAUGUCUUGCUUCUGCAGAAUGGGAGGAGACGAAUAAUCUUUUCUAAAGAUAGGUUUUCACACCCUACUUCAUUCAGUCUCCAUGUAUGAAGCUCAGCCUACACAAACAGGAAAUGAGAUGACUGGAUAAAGUGAUAGAAUUGGCACAUAAAUAAAAAUGAUAUGUUAUGCUAUUUCAUUCUUUGUAAUGUGCCAAUUUAUACAUUUAGCAAGCUUUUUACCUAAGGGUCAUUCAAAAAGGUGGUUCCAAAUCUGCAAUUGGAAAUGGUACAUUCCACUCUGCUUCCUCAGAAAUCUGCCACAGUUCCCAUCUCUUCAGCAUUCUAGACCAGGAUCAAAUUCCAUACAACAGGAAUGUCUGAUGGUGUGGAGGUUCUCCGUUUCAUGCCCACAUUCAGUCUAGAUUUCAAUUAUAGCUGAGGAUCAGUGUUUUGACUGAUCUCCAUGUGGACAAUAUAAUGUGUAGACUGGCAAUAUGAGACAUCCACCCCAAUAAUAGUUCCCCUGGAAUCAUUUACACAUCAAGAGACCAUCCUCCUUUCAUUUGAUGAUGUAGAUGAACAUACACUGACAGUGAAUGAACUGCCUGUUUCCCUGGCCAUCAAGCUAUAUUCCAAUCCUAUUGCAGCUUUGACAGGCAGUGCAUUUUGGAGCUAACUUGAUAUACUCUGUGGACUACUAUAUAGUGAUUAUUGGAGGUGCUAAGAAUGUCUUUGCUUUUAUUCUAUAACAGCACCACAUUGAAUUUGGAAAAGCACAUAAUGUGCUGUCUGUUCAUAAACAGUCAGGACUCCUCUAAAUGGUUUUGUUCUUGGCUUAGAACCACAUAUCACUAGCAAAUGGUGUAUGUCACUCUUCCCAUGUGUAAACUUGCAGGGCUAAUGCAAGUCAAGUGACCUCAUUUUUCAGCUAUGCAAUAUUAAUAACUGCUACACACCCAACCAGCUGCAAUAGCCCCUUAAAGCGCUUUCAAAAUAACUUACAUUGUGUGUGCAUUUUUAAUAUUUUUACUAUGCUGAUUCUAAGCAUCUGAGCCAGAUCCUUUCAAAAAUUGCCUUUUAAUAGGGCUUGAAAAUAUAGCUUUAGAGCUAACAAAUGUUAAUGUAGCUAUUUUUGUAAGGUAAUUAUAAAGAGGUUUUGGAUCUCCUUUUUAUUUGGUGGCAUUAUGAUUAGUGUCUAAUCCUUACACCACAGGCCCAAUUCUCAUCAGCCAUUUGUGUAUGGUGGCUUGUAUAUUUUUGCAUGAAAAAGAGGUGGGGAAAUCCUUUAGUUCCUCUUCAGUUCAUUAAAAGAACGCUGCAGGACUCAAUAUUAACAGUGCACCAUUACCUCUUAAUAGUAUCAUGAAUUGCUGGAAUUUUUAAAAAAAUCUAAUUUAAAUCAAUUAUUUAUGUUGAUCUAUGUCUUGGCUGGUUGUUCAGCUCAAGUACCAAAUAAUGAUUAUUGUGUAUAGUCAAUUUCUGUCUUUUAUUUCUGAACAGAAUUGUGCUUUGACACUAAAUGCUGCUGAGAGAGGCUCAUCUUAUAAUGGGGUUAGGUUUGGUGAUCCUGUCAGCAUUUUUAUCAGUUUCCUUAGAAUAUGCCUUUGUGAUGUCAUAGGCUGAAGUUCUACAAAUAUUCUUUGAUGGAAUUGCUGGGCAGUUGUAGGUUCUUCAAUUUCCAAAGGAUGGCUUGUUUGGUUCAGAUAGGAGGACCUUCAUUCCCUACACCUAAGGGGUAAACCUAAAACUGUAUCCAAAGGUCUCCUUGUAUGUCCAUGCUGCACACGUACAUCCAAAUGGUUCACAGACCUUCAUUUUCAGAAGCUUAUUUAUUUUCUUUUAUUAGCUUUCUAUCUCAGUGUUCUGUUUAAAAUAGCACACAAGAUUCCAUCACAGUACUCUGCAAAAUGCACUCUUAAUUUCUCUGCAUUCAGAAUGCAGGUGGGGUAUUCGACCCAAGAGCAAAGGUAAACUGCCAAUGGCAAAUAUGUAAUAUAACAUUUUUCUCAGGCUUCCCUUUCAAUUUCUCAUAGUAAAUCACUAAUCUGCUUUUUGACCUUGGCGGGGUUUGAUGAGCAGCUUAGAGGGGAUGGUAGUAGUUCUGUGUGAUUAGCUUAUGCAAAGGAGAUAUUUGUGUGCGCAUGCUCUUUUUGAUCACAGCCCAAACAGGUUUUAUGAACAGGUUCCAAUGUACAGGUGUAUUUGGAAACAUAUCAAUAUAUUUAUAUUUUAAAAAAUGGAAAUGAAGCUAUUUUUGUUGCUCUAGUAUUUUUAAGCAUUAGAAUUAACUGCUUACUGUUGUUUGAAUUUCUCGUUUAAAUUGGCUUGAGGAAGGCUAAUUUUCAGUCCACUUGGCUCAACUGGAUCCUAGGUCAUACGUAUACGACUGUGACAAGAGGUAGCAUUGCACAACAGAGGGCAGGGGAAGGGGAGUUUUUCUUUUUUGCACUAUUUGUAUUUGUACAUUCUAUUGUUUAGGAGGCCAACCAAACAGCUACAUUUAUCGUAAAGUAUACUGGAUUUUUUUCAUUACCCCACAGGCAAAUAGAAGUUAAUACAAGUUGCUUUAUUUGAAACAUCAGGAUAUGAUGUGAAAUUUUUAUUUAAAAAAUAGUACUAUUUUGAACAUGACCAUUCUUUUCCACUGUCAUGCCAUUUACUGGUUUGGUUUAAUAAUUAAAGGGGGUUACCUGUGAGUCCUAUAAGGAUUGUAACUUUCAGAAUAUUGCAUUGCUCAAAACAUAGUGCGGGAAUAAAAAUGCAGUAAUACAUCUUUUUGUUAAGAUAAUAAAUUAUUUUAUUUUGCGGUAGAGUGGCAAUUAAUGCUAAGAAGUUUUAUUUGUAAAUAUAUUGUAUAAAAUAUGUUUUAAGACUAACAAGAUUGUAAAAAAGUUCUCCUUGGAUACACAAUUUGAAAAAAUAAAAUAGA